AUGCUCUCGAAGGAGCUGAACGUGAAGAACUUCUCCCAGCUGGCCAGCUUCGCCGAUCUCUACUCGGCCGAGCUGUUGAAGAGGGCCUGCACGCGGUUCCUCGUCGGCCACCACAAGACGGUGAUGCGCAGCCCGGAUUGGAGGGAGCUGAAGAAGACCAACGCCGGCCUCGCCAACGAGCUGCUCGAAUCGGCGCUCAACGUCGGCGAGCCGUUGGGGAACAGCAUGGACGAGCUGGACGACAGCAACGACGAGAUCGAGCCGCCGCCCAGGAAGCGUCUGCGAAGGUAU